AUGCAGCAGGCGCUUCACAGGGAGAAGGAGGUGCUGUCUUCCUGGCCCUGCUGGCAGCUCCAGUCUCAAGCCGCGGAGACGGCGGGCUUCGGAGACGGCGCCCGAAAGAAGGCUCAGGCGGAGGACUUCCAGCUGACGGUCCAGCCGCACGAGGCGAGCGAGCAAACCGAGAGGGAGGACGCUUCCAUCGGAUUGCUGCGGGUGCAGUACAAGGUGAAUCGGAUGUACUCGCCCAAGAUCUUCCGGAGGGGCUGCACCUUGCAAGAGGUGAAGGAUGCGCUGGCCACUCUGCGCACCACGCCGCCCCAGGAGCUGAGUCUUUGGCUGGACCACUUUGAGCGCGCCUGGUUCGAGGAGUUCCAGGCCAUGGACAAGGAGUUGCAUCUGCUGGCGGGUACUCGCUUGGAAAGAGGAGAGCAGAUUAGCUCCAGCGAGAUCGUGGAGAGGACGACCAACCACAAGGAUGUGCUGGAGCAAGAGGAGCAGGACAUCCGCAUUUGCUUGAAGUGGGUGCGCUUCUUGUUGCACUACUACUGCGGCGGCAUCAACGUCAUGAGCCUCACCGACGUGAUGAGAGUGCGACUUACAAGGGAAAGCCGGCGCUCGAUGCUCGAGAUGACAGCGGAUCCGGAGUUCAGCGACGAGGAAAGCCAGGCCGAGCCAGUGGACGCUGCCGCCUGGGAGCGUGUGGAUCAAGGCCUGGAGGCAGCGCUGGCGGCGGGGCUACAGCUGGAGCCAGAUGACGACGCGCUGAUGCGCCUGGAGCGAGGACCAAUGAACUGCGAGGGCCUGGGCGCGUGGAUUUCGUCCAUCCACAAUAUCUGCAGCUUUUCCUGGGCCCCACGUUCCUUCGUUCCCGCGACCGCCUGGCGCGAUCCGCGCGCUUUCCGCGCCAAAGCCAUGCGGGCGGCCAUGGCGCUGGGUGUGCUGCUGCCUUCUGCGUUGGCAGCGUGCCAGGAGGCCCUCCACCGCGCCCUCAAAGCACCGGAGCGAUGGAUGGGUGUCCUCAAGGAGGAGGGCUGCCUGCCACCCCGCCUGGCGGACCUCACGAUCAUCGGCAGCCACGACUCGGGAGCCUACUGGCUCGGGGACCGCGCGGCCCACUGCGGCGCCAAGUGCCGCGCCUGCGAGCUGGCGCCCCGCACCACGCGCGCCUGGGGCCUCGCGCAGCGAGGACCCAUCUUGCAGCAACUGCUCGACGGCGUACGGUAUUUCGAUCUGCGGCUCACGGUGGACCGCUCGGUGGAGGGGUGCCGGCACAAGGACACGGUCACUGCGGAGUGUUGGAAGGCGCAGCACUGCCUUCUGGGCCCGCCAGCGGCGAACCUCACACGAGACGUGAGGAGCUUCUUGCUCAUGGACAAGAACCAGUCGGAGGUGGUGAUCCUGAACCUGAAGCUGGAGUUCUUCACCUCCACGGGCUGGCAGGGCCAGGGGCCGGAGCUCACCCGCGCUCGGCUCGAGGUGCUGCGGCAAUUGCUCGUUGCGGACCUCGGGGACUUCAUGUCGGAGGAGGAGGGCUGGUGGCUGCAGCCGCUGCAGCGCCUGAAGCGCAGGCUGGUUGUGCUGAUCCAGGGGCGGCACCUGGCAGUCUGGCUGCAGGAGCUGCAAGCGCAGGGCGUGAAAUAUCUCCACGACUUCCAGAAGUGUUCCGCGGCCGCUGGCGAUGUUUGUGACGGCCCCUUGUGGGGCAAAUACUCCUGGACCUGCUGCAAGGCCUCAAAGUUGGGCCGAGAGCAGCUUUUGCGGCUCCAGGUCUACAACCAGAACUUCUUGGCCAACCUCAGCUAUGAGGAGGUCUUCCAGGUAGAGAGGCCUUUGCUGCAGCUCUACUGGACCAUGACUUACAGUCUCUCCGGGAGCCUGGAGACGGAGCAGGGCCUCCAGCUGGAAUCGCUGGAGGCGGCGGCGGCGGUGGCCAACCCCCGGCUCGCGGAGUUCUACGCCAACGCCACGAAGCACGAGGACCUGUCCGUUUUCGCUAACAUCAUCAUGGGCGACUGGAUCGACCGCUCUACCGACUUCCUGGAGGUGGCGCUCCGCGCCACGCUGAGCCGCGAGCUGGGCCUUGCACCCGACGGCGGAUCCGGCGGAUCCGGCGGAUCCGACGGAAGCGGAAGCUCCGCCGCGCGGCGGAGCCGCCGCUUCGCGGGGCUGGUGAUUCUGGUCCUCGGGUGUGUGGCCCUGAUGGCUGCUUUGAUCUUUUUCUCCCUGCGCCGGCCUUCGCCCUGCGCGCGGGGCGCGGCGAGCCGCCGGUUCUCGCCCAAGCCCUGGGCUGUGUCCCACGUGCAGCUGGCGGACCGCAGGUGA